UAAAUAGAAGUUAGGUACACAGAAGAAAGAGGAGACAGAGAAAAGAGGAUAUUUGUAGGCGGUGGGUGCGCGAUUGCUUGCAAUUAGGUCUCUCGUAUUUGAGGUCAUAAAAUCUGAGAUUCACAAAGAGAAGCUCUGGAUUCCUCUCACCGUCCUGCGCGACGGUUCAUAUGCCGGUUGGCUUUCAGGGUGUGCCGGACUUGGAUCUAGAGGGCUUCAUUUUCUUUACUAAGACAUGGAGCAAGUGUGCUUCUGGUCAAAUUGCUUCCGGUUUCGAGUUUUUUCAAUUCAAGAAGUGCUCGACUGGCGGUUUCUUGUCCUUGGAGACUUUCUUUUGGUUUCCUUUGUUAACUGCACUUAGUGGUCAAUUUUUCUUUAAUGAACAGAACACAGGCGUGAUGCAAAAUUUUUCUGAGAUAGUUGUUAGAUCCUUAGUGCAAUUGUUCAAUGCAUUGCUGAUACAACAUCCAGUUAGAGCUUUUGGGAACACGUCUUCUGGGGGUUAAAGUCUGCAAGGAACCAAUUGAAAGCUGCUUAGUUUAGUUGUUAGAAAAUCCUUGCUUCUGAUGGGUACUGGUCUAGAGUGUCAAGAUGUCUGAACACUGAACAUUUUCCAUUUAGCGUAGAUGAGGUAGCUCUUUGUGUGUUAAUGAACCCUUUAUUGAACAUAGGGAUCCUUCCUGUUGGCUACAAGAAUCAUCCUGGUUGGUUCCUACUUCUGUGUCUGGUGGCAAACUGCCAAUAUGUUUUGUAAUCUUUUGUUUGUCUUGCCUUCUGUUGUUUUUUGCUAUCUUGAAGUUAUGGGUUUAGCAAUGGAUAAGACACUCCAUAAGGGACAUUCUAGUUUUGUGCCCCCAGUUACAUCCACAGAUGAUUAACCGGAGAAUUACCUGGACCCAGGCAGGAUUUUGUACUUUCUACUAGGGUUCAUCUACCUUAGAUGUUUUAUAGUGUUUUUGAGACUUAUACUUUUCGUAAAUAAAGGAGGUGCUUCUUUGUGUUCCACAAGGCAGAAUGGAGAGGUACAAGUUGAUCAAGGAAGUUGGUGAUGGAACGUUUGGGAGUGUGUGGCGAGCCAUUAAUAAGCUGUCUGGUGAAGUUGUUGCAAUUAAAAAGAUGAAGAAAAAAUACUAUUCAUGGGAAGAGUGUGUUAAUCUGAGAGAAGUUAAGGUGAUGUUGGCUGUAUAUUUCUAUGUAAUGAACUUCACUGUAGAUGUCUCACCAAGAAUGGCCCUUUUCUUUCAACAGUCAUUGCGUAAAAUGAAUCAUCCGAAUAUUGUGAAACUCAAGGAAGUCAUACGGGAAAAUGACAUUCUGUACUUUGUUUUUGAGUACAUGGAAUACAACCUUUAUCAACUUAUUAAAGACAGAGAAAAGCUAUUCUCAGAAGCUGAAAUCAGGAAUUGGUGUUUCCAAUUGUUUCAAGGUCUUGCAUACCUGCACCGGCGAGGAUAUUUCCAUCGUGACCUGAAGCCAGAGAACUUGUUGGUUACAAAGCAUUUAAUUAAAAUUGCUGAUUUUGGCCUUGCUCGAGAAAUCAAUUCACAACCACCCUAUACGGAGUAUGUCUCGACACGUUGGUAUCGGGCCCCAGAGGUGCUGCUUCAGUCAUACCUUUAUAGUUCCAAAGUUGAUAUGUGGGCAAUGGGUGCUAUUAUGGCCGAGUUAUUCACUCUUCAUCCUCUUUUUCCUGGUACAAGUGAAGCAGAUGAGAUCUACAAAAUAUGCAAUAUAAUAGGGAGUCCAACAAAGGAUUCCUGGGCUGAUGGACUUAGUCUAGCAAAUGCUAUUAACUAUCAAUUCCCACAGUCUGUUGGUGUCAACCUUUCUGCACUCGUACCAUCAGCUAGUGAAGAUGCAGUCAACCUUAUCAAGUUGCUUUGUUCUUGGGAUCCAUGCAAGAGGCCUACAGCUGGAGAGGCACUUCAACAUCCCUUUUUCCAGAGUUGCUUUUAUGUGCCACCAACCCUUCGUUCCAAAGCACCUGUUACUAGAACUCCUCCAUCUGCUGGAACAAAGGCGGCCUUGGAGCCACAAUUUACUAGGAGACAUCCAGGGGCAUUGUCUAAUACGAAGGUCACUCGUAUUUCUCUAGCUUCAAGGUUAAAUCCUACCUUGAGCACUGGUGUACAGCGUAAACUUGACCUGGUUAACCAGGAUGCAAGUAGAAAUGAAAAUUCAUUUAAGGGUGCUAUUAAACAACAGAAAUAUCGACCCCCAGGAAGGAAAAGCCCAACAGGUGUGAUCAACAAGGGUCGAAGUGCACGUAGGGUGUCUGAUGCAGGCGAUAAGUUGGCAAGCAUGACGAUAGGUUCACACAAGCAGAAUGGGGGACAAGCUAAGCCGCCAGCUAUGAGAGCAGGAGUGCAGUGGAGUGGUGAAUCUGGAGACAUGUUUCUGAGACCAACCCAUCAAUUUCAAACUGGAAGAAGUUGUUAUACUAGGAAAGUUGCGGGUUAACUUUGGGAGGGGCUUUUGUCUACUGAGGACUGAGGAGGUAAAAAUACAACAUUAUUAUUAUGUUGUUCAAAUACGUGAUUACAAUGCUUCAGUUGUGUUUCAAAUUGGUGUCAGCUAGCUUGCUUUUAUUUUGUUUUGUUUUGUUUUGUUUUGUUUCUUUUCCAACAAUAAGAGUCCCUUCUCGAAGGACAGUGAGAACUAAGAUGUGUAAACCUACUUUUAAGUUGGAUGUUUUCAUUCUCAUAUUAAAAAUAAACAUGAAAACCUUUGCUUUAA